GAUAGAGAGCUCCAGAAUCAUGGAGGAGUCAACAAUAGAUGAACCAGAAGAUACCAAGUCGAAUGGAGAUAGCGACCUCAUCACUGAACAAGAAAGUGGUGUUGUUGUGAGAUUUGAUAUUGGAAGAUUUGUGCUGUGUCACAGAAAAUUGUGUCAGCUGACUGAACCAUUUGUAAAAUGCCAUGAAAGUUUCAAUUUCAUAACCAGGUUUGUCAGCCAGCUGUUUUAAUACGUCCUAUCACUUCAGUAAGCAAAAUGAAAAGCCUUGAAGUUGCGUUGUAAACAGAGACUUCAUUCCGUAAAUAACAGUUCUUUAUUAGUUGGAAGCAUUCACACGUGACUAUAUAUUUCGUUAUCGAGCAAAUACUGCUCAAGACUACAGUUUUCAGUGGUGACAGAAUGGGAUUGAAAAAUCAGCUGAAAAUCGGUGUCUUAAGUAGAAUCAUAACUCGCCUGAAUCGGAGUAGCCUCCCACAGAGUCAGUUUUGGAGUUUCCUUGCAGGUUGCAAGGAAAAUUGCUUCCCUCAAAUUACCUGCAUGGGAAUCUAGAAUCUUAAUCGUAACAAUCAAACCGUUCCCUUUUUUCAUGACUCUGUUGCUUGUGAUGUCAUAAAAAACUAGAUUGUUAGACUUGAAAGCGAUUUCCUAUGUCAUCGGCCUCCUCUCCUCGAAAAAAUGGGGAAUAGAGUCUCUCUAUCUCUGAUUUUUCAUUAAACGAGAGGAGAUAGUUUUACACAGGCUAAGAAGCAAAAGCAGAAAAAAAACUGUAAAUGCACCAAUAGAUGCCUGGUGUAUUUAUUUAAUUCUGUGGGCAUUUAAUAGUUACCCUGCAAGCAGAGGUUUUUCCCUUGCAUGGCUUUUAGCGUUUACAAAGUCAUUCACGUGGCUUGUCUGUGGCAUAAUUGGUUUGUUGACGCCCAUAAACGCUAAAAGCCAUGCAAAAGAGAAACCUCUGCUUGCAGGGUAUUCAAUAGUUAAAAGGCAUGUAAAAUAGAGAGAUGUUCAUUCUCAUACCUAGCUGUAACAAGCUCAAAAAAUAAAUUUGAUCCCGAUGAAAAUGUGAAGAGAGUUUAUAAAUAGCAGAACAUCCAGUCCAUCUAUUGAUACAUCUAGGUCGUCUAGAGAUCCAUUUGCUCUUUUCAAUCUCAACUUUGAUAUCAGGGUCAUGGUGUUGUGAUUGUUGGCCUGUCCUUACUUUGAACUUGAUAUUGAACAAAGUGCAACGUGCAAACCCUUUUUAAUAAAGAAAGAAACUGCAUAAAUUGAAUGAUUAUUGCACUCCUUUUUGCUAUUUGCUAGUUUGUGGAGUAAUUGUCCUGGGGGGAGGGGCAUCUAUUAGACUGGGGCAUUUAUUAAAGAGGGGCAUCUAAUACAAACUUAACAUUGUGAGAUCAUUUACAGUAAUCACAAUAUUUCUCAUUCCCAUGCAUUGUCUUUGGUUUUGUUCUUCUACUUCUGCUUAGGUCUCCAACAGUCUGGUUUUCACUAAAUUGUAAGUGAUAGAGUUGUGAGCAGAACUGGAGUACUGUUUUCACUAGAUCAUAACACACUGUGCUUCUGAUUAUGUCUCCAAAUCGGUUGUGCUCAAAUCAGACUGCGCUGUGAGUGAAAACCAGCCUUGAGCAAUUACCCUUGGGUAGACAGUGUGGCAAAAUUUAUUUUAGGAAAUUAGUGUGGAUGUAAAUAUCUAUGAAAAAUUAUUGUUUAUAGGGAGGAUCUCUGUUUACCAACAAACAUUUUGAUAUUCAAAUGUCCAAGUUUCAUUUAAAAUAUGCAUCCCUGCCAUAAGCUCGUUAUUGAUAUUAAAAUGUUUAAAAAAUUUUUUUUACCUUUUUUCAAGGUGGCAGUCCCCAAGGCUCAGUGUGGUGGUAAUGACUGGUUCUGUUUAUUUAUCUAUCAGAUAUCCAGGUAAAUAAUCCCAUGGAGUUAAACUGACAGGUUUUUUGAAAGACUGUUGUUAGCGCAAAUUUAGGGUUUGUUACCAUGGCAACACAAAUGCUCUGUUUACAGUUAAUCCAGGAUAAUUGCUAACCAUUCUUUGGAGUUCCUGUUACUUGCCUUCCUUGGGGGAUCAAUUUCUGUCUCCUCCGAUGGUGCAUACUGGUUACAUACCUACAUGUAGAUAAAUCAUGUUAAAAUGUUACUUUGGGCUUAUCUCAACAUUACUGGUAACUUGAUGUUGUUUCAUUCUUAAUUUUGCAGUGUAUCUUCUUCUAUUUCCACUGUUAUACUCUAUUGUCAUACUUUCUUUGGCUGCUGUGAAAAGGUUGGGAUCUAAAAACUCAAGAGGUGCUGUAAACGCAAGAAUUAGAAACUUGGUCAAGAGAAAAGAAGAUGAUUAUGCAAGUUUGGUAAGUAUUGUUGACAUGUAACAAACCUAUAAAGAAAAUUGGGCUUAUAGUGGAGGAUAUUUUAAAAGUAUUUGCUUAUAGCAUGUAGGAUCGAUAUAGGGAAAAAACAAAUUCUGUCCACACCAGCCAAAAAUUCCAUUUAACCACUGCUUGGUUAGCUCAGUUUGGAGAGCGCUGGUGUGCUGAUCAUGAGUGGGAGUUUACAGGUUCAAACCGUGGCUACUGGACCAACAUUUUUGUGUCUUUAAUUAACUGAGAAUAAAGUAAAGUCCUGCCUUUGUAAUGACAUCUGCAAACAUAUUUAUUCUUUCUAGUCUUCUCAUGAUCAGGAACUUACUGAAAACCCUAAGACCUGUCUGUUAAGUUUUUGUAAAGUAAAACAACAUAGCCCACAUGGAUAUAUGGGGUUGGUAUUCGCAGUCCUAAGCUUGUGCCUUAAAAAAAAUUGCCUGGUUGUGGUGGUUAAACAAAACCAGAACCACAACCUCUUCAAGUCUAUCAAGAAACGUGCCACAUAUGUGACUACCUGUAAACAUGCAGUCUAUGUAUGUAUCUAUAGAUUUAUAAUUAUGCAUGCAACUGAUAUAAUACAUGUACAUGUAAGUUAUAGUUGCAUCAACAGCACUUGCAUGUUCCACAAACAUCCUUUGGGAAGAUGCUGAAAAGGCAAAUGAUUUUUGUCCCUGAUAUUUAGAAGGUGCAUUUCAAUAAUCCUUCUGUUAAGUUACUCACAAGCAGUACUGAAAUCAAUUUUUGUCUCUCACUUGCAAGGAACUGAAACAAGCAGCUAAGAAACAAGCUCACAAGGACCUACAUGCAUUUAUCAACAUGUAAGAUGCAGUUACAUAAACCAUAUAUAGACCUCAUUUGCUUGUUGUUUUGUUACUAUAUAGAGGGUAUUACACGGUGGCGCGAAGAUAUGAAUUUUAUUUUCGAGUGUCAAAACCGCGAGUGAUUAAAAUAUUGUUUUUGCCACGAGAAAAUAAAAUUCAUAUCUUCAAGCCACCGUGUAAUGUUCUUUUUAUUAUAUAGACAAAACAACAUUGAUAAAAUAAUAGGGGGAAAUGACCGAAAUUACGUCAUCGAUAAACUUACGUGUGAGAUUAUGGAAAAUAAACCACUCGGGUCCCGGAUGUAGUUUUUAUGAAUUUUACGAGUGGUAUAUUUUCCAGUAAAGCACUCGUGUCUAUAUAAUAAAUUAUAAUAUUGAUGGAUCAAUAUAUUGAUCUGGAGAUUUAAUUCUUUCCCUUGUUUGAAAUAAAGAGUGCAUGUAUGUGAGAAAGGCAAUAAGCACAAGAGGGUAAUGAUGGGAACAAGCUUAAGUGCAGAACGAUUUCCUGAAUAAUUAACUCAAAUAUCCCCCAAAAAGUGCUUGCGAACGACUGGGGAUGAGGCAGAGGAUGAACUUAUCCAUUUUAAAAUAGAAUACUCCAGCCUUGAAUAUCAUCAUAUUCUCUACGGUGGGGCAAUAAAAUAUUCAAAGGAGGAAGGUCUAUUCCUUAUAAUGACUGAAUUUUUAAGAGGGACUCAUCUCUCUGUUGGACAUGAUUUAACAGCUGCACUACAUGUUACUGCUAUGUUACCUUGAGAAUGAUAUAUAAGUAGUUACUAAAUGAUUGUUUUUAACAAACUCUUUCAGUAAUAUUGCUAGUUUUAAAGGGCUGACUGAAAUGUUUUCCUUCGGUGACAAUUGAAAUAAUACAUAACCCUCACUAUCUAUGUUUUAGCAGUUGUAGUUAGAUGCAUUACUUUGAAAUUUGCAUUGUGCCUUAAUAUUUUUCAGCUGUGUUCAGAUUCAAACCUAUGAAGACCGCUUUUGUAAAUACCUUGACAAAUUUUAUAGGUAUGGUUUUGCCACGUCACUCUUACAUGUUAGGAUAAUAUUAUUUUUAUAUUAUGUGCUUUUUGCUUGAAAACAGAAAACUAAAUAAUAAUUGUAGGUGACAACUAACUCAUUUUAAACAGAUAAUUGGGAUUGAAAUUAAGUGCUUCUGGCAGAGAAAUGGGAUGGCAUUUUGAAACUGAUAUCCAGGAUUCCAUCACCCCAUAAUAUAUAACAGAUCCAACACCAGCUUAUAGGUAGCGUUUUGCAUAAGUUAUCGUUGCUUGGGUUGACUUUUUGUUGUUAUUAAUAUAUCUAAGUCACUUAUAAAUGUUUUCAUUAACGACAGGAUUUGCAAGUGGGAAGAUAGUUAUCAUUCAAAGAUGUAAGUCAUUUCUUGGACCCGGACAGAGGAAUGUAGAUUUUAAGGAUUGUGAAAUAUUUUUCAGCUCCAGCCAGGAGAACAGAGAGAACAGCAGCAGAAGUCGAGCUUAAGCUCUACCCAUUAUUUAACAACAGGCACCAGAACUGACAAGUUGGAGUGUCAUUUUGAGUUUGUGAUUUAUUACUUUAAAUGCACAACUUGCCAGUUCUGGUGCCAGUUGUUAAAAUGUUGGAUAGAGCUUAAGCUCGACUUCUGCUGUUCGCUCUGUUCUCCUGGCUGGAACACAGGUUCAUUUCCUGAAGAGCAGCUGGUAAUCCAGCCUAUAUAGAGAUAUCCACCGGAUAAUCACUAUCCAGUGGACAAGUAUUAGGGAAACCAACUGCGCUAUUCAAUGGAUAGAAAUUUACCCAGUGGAUAGUGGUGUCUACCUCUUGAACAACUGGGGCCUGCUGAUAAAUUUUAUUUUGCUCUUUAAGUAAAGUUCUUUAUUGAGUUGUGUUCUUUUCAGCAUAAAUGGUCUGUGGCCCAUUGACAUUGGCAUUUGAUCCUUUUUCUUGCUGUAGAUUUUACUUCGCUUAAAUGUGACAUGUUAUUGAUUAAAGCCUUUUAAGUCCCAAAAGUGACCAAAAUCAAUAUUCUCCCAACAGUAUCAGUACACAAUCAACAGAAAAGGUUAGGAGAACUGAUAAAAUGAUCACUGAAGGGAAAAUGCUUUGAUCUUUUAUCAAAUUUUUUCAACCUUUUUCUUUAUGGAAAUGUAUAAUGACCAGUUUGGAGAAUUUGUAUGUGGAUAUUGGAGCUUAAAGGGUUAAUAGCAAGAGAGAAUAAUGAGACAGAGAGGGAAACGCCCAGUUUAAGCCUUGGAACUGAUGUGAAUUUCACCCAAAGUUAUUUUUAGACAAAUUAAACGGUUAAAAUUAAUCAGAAGUUGGUUUCCUGAGAGGUCCACAAACUUUUAUUCAGUGUUGUCAAGAGAGAAUAAGGGUUCAUUUUAUUCUCUCUUGGUGUGUCCAUUACAAUAGUCUGCAUUGUUUGCUUUGAGGCAGUUGUCCAUGGACUUCAGGAAAUUUCAAACAAUCAAUUAAAUGUGUGCGGGCCUCAGGAAUUAGACUUCCGUUUAAUUAUAAAACAUCCAGAAAUAACUUAAGUGAAAGUCACGUAUCCCAGCCAACACCCUCUGUCCAAUUGUUCUCUCCAAUCAUUGGUAGAAAUAUCAAAAAUUAGUACCCCCUUUAAAGUAACAGUUUCUCACCUUCAAUGAGCAGGGUGUUCAUUAGGCAUCGGAGGUCGGAGCAGUUUCUCUUUCUUAUGAUUCUUUAACCAACCAAAACAGUGAUUAAAGAAAACUUAGAAAUCCUUGAAACCUACUGUGUUUGUCCCCAGUAAUAAAAGUGGUCCACUAAUGACUUGCAAAUUACAUUUUCUGUUCUGGUCUCUGUUCAUGAUUACAGACCCCAAAAGCACUUUUGUUCUGUUUUUCAGGUGUCUGUUUGCUCUUUUACUGACGUCAUUCAUAUUAGUUUUAUUUCCUGGAAGAUACCUCAUCACCUUAGGGAUAUUUGCUGUUUUUACCGGAAAUUCAGGUUUUCAACAAGGUGUGGCCGAUGUGUAGACACGUAAUACGAAAGUCAGUUAAUGUGAGCAUGUCUCCUUUGUCUCGACUUUCUUUGAUCAACUUUCUUUUUACAGUUUUUAGACGCACAGUAAUGCAAUCUAAGAUAAAGUUACAGCAGUUGAAAAAAGGAAUAUACGCACAUGGAUAUUGGAGCCCUCAAGUGAAAGGUUUGAGUAGAAGUUAUCCAAAAAUUGGAACAGAGGCACAAGAUAAUGACUACGAUGAUGAGUGGGUAAGUAUAUCAAAGUUGAUAUGCACAGUUUAUUGAACAAACAUGAUUAUGAAACAAGCCAGGAUCAAAAAGAAAACGUCAGUCCCGUAAAGCUACGGUAAAACGAGCAACUGCCACAAAACGAGUUGAAAAACGAUGUUGUGCGUUUUACCACGCACGCUCAAACCUGUCUUGCGACAAACCAGGUUGCAAGACAGGUUGCAAGUUGUGUGAAUACUAGCUUGUUAUUGGAUAAAAUUACAGGGAGUCAUGUCAUACACAGGACUAUGUUACUUGGUGCAAAGCGAGUAAUCUAUCGCACCCCUUUCUUCCCCCAUUCCUACCUUAGGCUUGUUGCUUGCUCGCCUCGCUAGGGCCGUAGUUAGCAAGAAGAAGAGUGAGGCACUUGCCUUGCCCAGGGAUUAUCGCAAAAUUGAAAAAAAGAAAAGUUCAGAUGGGAAAGUAAUCCCCAGCGGGAAGAGAUUGAUUUUUCGUCAGAAAUACCUUAAUAGAAAGUGCUGAAAAAAGCAGAGUUCAAGAUUUCUAAGCGGUGGGCUUGACGCCAGAGCCCCCGAGUGGCUCGCUCCUUUGGCGAUUGCAGAUCUUUCCUCGUGGAUGCCUAAGGUCUGGCUAAAGCCUGCCCGCCCAAUAGCCAAAUAAAAACCCGAACAAGAGAACAGAGCGAGAGUCUAAAAUCUACAAGGGAAUUUAACCUCUAAAUGUAUCAGAUAACAUUCGGGCACUCUAUACCUCAGCUACAUGUAUGUAGGAUUUAUUGGUGAGCUGUGCCUAGGACUAAGUUUGUGUGUGACACACGUCCUGCAUACUGAUAGGAUCAGCCAUGAUUGUCGAGUCGACUACAUCCUGUGUGGCAUAUCCAUUGCUAAAUACAGUCGGCUCUCGCUAAAGAAGGACACCUUUAGUGGGAACCUUUGGGACGAACACUAUGCGUCCGUCUUAUAGAAAGUAAAAUAAAAAGAGUAUAGAAAGGCAGCGACAAACUCAAGGUGUCCGUUUUACAGAGGUGUUCGUUAUAUGAACUAGGUAGGGUUGAAUGUAAGCUAAUCUGAUGUGCUUGUUUCUUCAGUAUGAUGCGGAGCAAGAGACUUCUCAGUCAGAAUCCGACAGUUCGGAGGAUGCAAACGAUGUCGAGGAGGAUGAGGUUAUUUGAGUUGUUUCUCUGUAGUACACUCUAAUUUUUUCAAUUUUCGCGUACUUUUGGAUAAGGUACAUCGUCAUAUUAUAAUGAAAUGCGAUGAUACUUUGAAAUUCUUCGUUCUACUGAUUAAUGGAGAACUAAAAAGGGGCUACGAUUUUGUUCUCCAUAGAGAGCCUCAGCGCUAGUUAUAUCCGCUGAAUUCUUGUUCUUAAUGACAGUGAUUUUUCUUGCAUAAUUUAUGUCCCAAAAGCUCUCGUGUUCAUUGGCUACAAAACUGUUGACACGCGUUCGUUAAAUAGAGUUAUUUCGAAAAACGGAACAGUCCGGACGUCCUCUUGCCCUUCACUCCCCUCCCUUCCUUGAAAAGUUUGCUUGUCAACUUUGUUUGUUAUUCGCUUCGCGCAACUUGCGCUAUGCCACAACAUUAAUUAAGUGGGAGGAGGGGUGGGGGAACGCUGAAGAGGUGGUGGACCGGAAGUCCGAGUGACGCUUAAGUUCUUCAUGAGUAUGCAGAAGUAGGGUGACAAACUUUCACCGUCUGAUUUCGUUGUUUGUUCGCUUGUUGUUUUUCGGUUAUUGUGGUUGUUAUUCAUCUAUUGUAUCGUUAUUCAUCUAUUGUAUUUUACAGGACACGCCUCGAACAAAGAGACGAGCAAGUAAGCUGGUUGUUGAUUCUUCAGACACCACUAAUAAUUUAUUCUUUCCUGUAACGUGCUGCUCAUUUGUCGUCGUCGACGAAUUUCUUUUUGUUGUUUUUGAUGUCGAUACUUAUCGUGUGGCCUUCAAAUUUUUGCCGGAGUUUAAUUCUCUGGAUGGAUGAUUAUAUUUCGUUAUGCGGGAAUGAACUUUUGUGAUUGGUUAACUCUGGCUUUUCUUGCUGGGAAUUAAUUUUUGGAAUUCUCAGCUAGUUGUAUAGGACAUCUUCGUGUUCAUUCUACUUACGUGACUAUUGAGUUGUGCUAUCUAAUACAGGGGAAAAACUAUGUAACAACUGAAGUUCUCUCAUUGAUUGUUUUGCAUUUAAAUCUUGCUGUUUUGUAGUUUAAUUAAUGAUUUCCGACGGUACUCCACUUCAUCUUCAAAAAUUAUUUUUUGUCCCAACAAUGCACCUUAUAUUUUAAAAUGGUGGCGAGUUUAACUAUUUUGAUAAUUAAUCGUCGAUGCCUCGUUUCAAGGCUAAAGUGUUGUUGAAUAUACCAGAUUCGUUUUGUUUAUGUUCGGAUCUUCCCGAUCGUCCCAGUCGUGUCAAAUAAUGUUUAGACGAUCGGGACGAUCAGACAGAAACCGACUACCCGAACGAUCGCAAACGACCCAGACGACUGAGACGACCUCGGUCUCUUGGAUAGAGUUGAGCUCUAUCCGAACGAUUGGGACGAGUGUGUAAAUUUGGAAGCGAUCAUGUGGAAACGCUCUCACACGACUGAAACGAUGGGGGCGAUGGAAGGCUAUCCCAGAUUUCAUCACUAGUGCUCCAGUAAUCGGGAAUAAAUUCGUCCAGAACGCCGCCGAAGUCGGCGUGUGGGCGCUAUUUGAAAAAGAGAAAGUCCGUUCCAUAAAGUUCUAGACGUGAUACUAUGUCUUCGCGGAACUCUUGUAGGUUUUCUACGCCACAAAAUCGAGAGAAAAAGCAGAUAGCAAGGCAAGAGGUUCGCUCUCCGAUUAAAUGCACCAUUAUGCUUGGCUUGUUUGCUAAACUCGUGUUUGCUAUUCCACUGUCCGACCUAGAAACUUCGCUGACGACCACGCGCCUCUUGUCUUUAAGGCGAUCGAGACGAUCAUAUGGAAACUACCAAUCGUCCCAGUCGUCCGGAUCGUCUCAAAAUUUUUUGAAACGACUAGGGCGAUCGGGACGAUCAUAUGGAAACCAGGCUUCUCAAACUCAUUAAUAAUUCAUAAAGAAAAUUCAAAGGAAAUUAAUGUUUAAUGAGUGUUUGGAUAUCGGAUGAAAAACUGCUCAUUUUUGCAUCCUUAAUUUCUCCUUCAAAAAUAAUUUUGUUUGAGAAGAAAUAUCAAACAUUCGACACAGUGUUUCAUCACCAGAUGAAACACCUCGCAGUUCGUCAAAAAUACUCCGCUACGCGUCGUAUUUUCAACUCUCUUCUCGGUGUUUCAUCUGGUGAUGAAACACUGCGUCUCAUGUUUGAUAUAUUACUUAAAAUCCAGUCUUGGCAUCGAGGCUUUGGGGAAUAAAACAGAAAUUGUAAAUUGUAAUUCCGUGGGAUGCCUGUGGCACUCCCACGGUAAAAAUCCGGUUCGGUUGUACCCAAAAUUGCAAAGCCAGCCAAUAGGAUUGCCUAAAAUCUUUAUCGAUUAUCUCUUCUUCCAAGCCGACCAAUCAGAUUGUACAAAGUCUGUAUCGAUUUUUAAUCGAUUUGCUUCCUCUGAAGAACGUUGAAGUCAGAACGUUCCUUGCCAAAUUUAUCGCGCUUGAGUUUUCCCACUCGUGGGUUAAAAUGGCUUGUUAACCAGCGAAAUCCUUCGGGAUACUGGCAAGUCACGAAAAGCGACCUAAGCCAAAUUAUUUCUUUCCUUCAUGAUUCUUUUUUCUUUAGGUCUAGCUUUUUCAUAAGGUUUUAGUAGCGUCUGGUUGCGGGCCGUGAUUUCCGAUAGAUUUUUCUAUUCGGAGUUCGCCAGUUUUUGCCGAGCACAGCUAGAGUUCAGUUUUUUUCUUUUCUUAUCGAAAACACCUUGACGAUGGGAGGUUAAAUCGCGUAAAUUUCAACUCGUACCCUUGACGAUUGGCGGUGAAAUCGCGAAAAUAUUGUCCUCGUCGAUCGACGACUCGCUUUCGGCAUGGAUUGGACUUCUGGAUGGGACACGGAUCAGGACCUUAGUAAACUUAUUAUACCUUGGAAUCAGGGAUAAUCAUUGGAACUAUGUUAACUUUGAGACCUUGGAAACACAUUGCAAUUAAUUUUUAACCGUAUCAAGAGCAUCUUGGAAUAUUAAACUUUCAUCUUGGAUUAAAACAUUGGAACUUUAUCGAACUUUAAUUGUAACCCUGGGUUCGACCCUGGAUAAAAAAGCAAGCGGAUGUUUUGUUUUGUUUUGUUCCAUUAACCUAAAACUGCAAUGUUUAUUUCUCUUUGAAAAAGUUACCUGUGGCUACUUACUACCAAGAUAUGACGUAUCUUUAUACAUAUAGUUCCUGUUCAGGUUAAUUAGAGAGCAUUAUGCGUGUGUGCUCCAUUACUUGUUUCCGUUAACAUUCCAAUUUAAGUCACACGGGUAAACCUUGUUUUGAUGCAAAAUAACAUCUUUUUCUUAUCCAAAUCGUGCUAUGAAAGUAACUACAUAGCGAUAGAUCAAAACAAGAUCAACUCCAUCCUUGCGACCACUGACAACUAUAAAUUUAGCUUGCGUAGCAGGUGUCGAAAGGGGUAGGGGAUAGGGAGGAGGCAAAAAGGGGAUGUGGAUUGGGGAGAAAUAUUAGCCUGUCACGCAGGCUACGAUAAAUUCAGUCAUAUUAAAGCACAUUAAACCAACCCAUACAGGUAACCUACUCAUCGAUGCUCAUAACAUGACACAUCUUUCCGGUUUCUCUAAUUUUUCCAAAUUCAGAUAGAACGCCAUUAUGCUUCCAUAGACCAACGCAUCCCAUGGAAACGACUUUAGGCGUCUUGUUGUAAUUUGUUUACCCACGAAGUACUAAGGAGUUCAUAAGAACUCGUUGAAACGUGUCCGUGCGUUCCAGAUCGAAUUGGAAUUUGGAAGUGUUGGUUUUUAAGGAGAAGGGAAACGCGGAGUACCCGGAGAAAAACCUCUCGGAGUAAGGGAGAGAACCAACAACAAAAUCAACCCACAUAUGGCGUCGACGCCGGGAUUUGAACCCGAGCCACAUUGGUGGGAGGCGAGUGCUCUCACCACUGCGCCACCCUUGCAACCCAAGGAAGAAAUCAUCUUGAGGCUCAGAAAUGAAUUAUACAUUUUUUUUUCUCCCACAAGCCUUGGAGCCAAGUAUGGUCUAUCCUGUAGAUGCUGUAACAAAGUUAUGAGAGAAAAUUAAUAUGGCCGUAAAACGGCAAAACUUUAUUGAGGACACGCGUUAGCAAAACAGUGGUUUGUUAGCCCUGUUCUGAUCUGUGAUUGUCAUCUUUAUUUCUAGGACUCUUCUCAGGGCUGUCCAUGGUCACUCAUUUCAGCGAUUACCGUAAGAAACAAAAGCGGAUCAAUAGUGGUAAGUUGUGCUUGCUCUCACUUAACUCCUGUUCAGUUCUGAUCUAGUCUAAAAGGCAGGCAUAUAAAGGGGCGCAACUCAGUAGGCCCUGUUUGCAAAUAGCCUGCGUAGUUGGCGGAAUUAGCGGACGAAUGCUGUUUUUUUUUAGCGGUGGAGCUGCGAUAAGAUUGGGGGCUAGUCAAAUUUGGCCUCUUUAGUUUUUCCCGAAGUGCCUAGUGGAUCCUGAGUGACUAUUGUAGCUACAUUUAGUUGUUUUGACCGUGAUUGUGGUGAUUCCCUUCUAUGUUUUUACACACUAGGCGUAGGUUGUUUGUAGCAAGUCGGAUUCUCGUUUUUUGUUUUGUGCGUGACUGAUUACCCACAGGUUCGUAUUACACUGCUUUCCUUGAUUGGCUGGCCAUAAGUGAGGUGACAAAAGUGGGCGGCAUUCAAAAAAUCCUAAGAAAUGUGGCAGGCAAGUGGCAAGCGGGAUUUUCCCUUACAACUCCACUGCCAAGGAAGUACACCGCGCGCGCAUAACAAUCCCGCCAGUUAUUUAGGCUCGAUGUAGUUUGUAGGUGGUUGAUGCGAUCACUGGUAACCAAGCCUUAGUAGUCGAUGAAGUAUAUGUUCUGGUCUAUUCGGUAAUGGACCGUUGCUGUAUUUCACCCCAGUGAGUACACAAAAUGAAACAGGGUCGAGGCUUGGGUCGACAAUACCGUGCGGCUAAGAUAAUUAAGGGAUAGACCGAUAGAUGAGAUCUAGCAACGUAUUUUGUCGUCUUUUUUCAGGAAACUGUGCCUCUUGCGAUGUUUCAUUUUCUUCAUUACUUAAAAAGAGAGUGAGUAACAAUUUAGAUACUAGAGUGUGUUGACAUGAAGAAUUGUGCUAUUGACGUUUCGACCCGUCGCUUUCCUUCUUCUCAUCACACCCCGCGCGUCUCUAGGGAGAGAUAGAGAGAGACGACUGGGAAGGAGUCAGCCUUACCACUUUUUCAGUAUCACCUCACCCAUUUUUGGAGUUAUUUUAACUCCAGACUGGGAGUUAAAGAACUCUCUUUCAGGAGUAAAAAUGACCCAAACUUGGAGUUAAAUUAUCAGUUAAAGUAACCACUCCAUUUUUGGAGUUAUAAUAACUCCCUAAAAAUUACUCUGUGGGAAAAGUAGCAGCUGUCGCCACCUUUCAACUACAUCGGGCUAUGGUUAAAGGAAUGUUGCGAUCUCUGGUUUUGUUUUUGUUUGUUUUUUUUUGUCAUUGAUUCUAUGAUUUUUUCCAUUCAAAGCAAUACUGCCGGCAUUGUGGGGACAGCUUUUGUUCUCGUUGCUGCUCGAAACGUGUGAAAAGAGCUGUGUUUGGCGCUACAGGUUCAGUAUAUAAACAUUCCUAUUUUAUUUGCAAAACACUGAUAGAAAUAUAGGUAUGCUUCUCCUACACAUCCACAUGAGUGACCUUAUUUUCUCUACUAGGUAAAAGGUUCUUACCAUUCCUCCUCAUGCGUGUGGGGGAUUUAGCCUUUGAUUCCGACAUUUUUGUUCAUGCUGUCUGUGUUCUGAUGUAUGUGCUCAAAAUUCAAAGUCUAAUAUAAUAUUUAUCUGCUACGCGACGGUACUUUACUCAGGAUGGCUUCCUGGAUCCCACCCCUCAUUACGUUCCUUAAGCUGUGGUAAAACAGGCAACAAAAACGUGCAGCUUGUUUUGCAACAUUGCUGCAAAACAAGUUGAAUAGCUAUGUUGCGCGUUUUACCACCCACAUCAAAUCUGUCUUGCAACAAAUGAGGUUGUUGCAGAUCUACUCUCUACUUUCUGCAGCAACCUUUGGCAACCAUCAACGACCUUAUUUGUUUCAAGACAGGUUUGAUUCGCUUUUCAUCUCGUUCUGCAGCAAUUUUGCAAAACAAGUUGCACGUUUUUAUUUUUCCCAUUUUACCGUAGCUUUAGUCUUAUUCAAGCCAAUGGUGAGGCCAAGGUGCUUUAAAAAUGACGACCGUUUCGUAAGGUAGUAUAAUCGUGUAUUUCACCUAGGUAGGUCACUUGGCUAUACAGGAUUCUCUGAGCAUAGCAGGCACUCUUGCAUCUUUGUGGUCGUAUUAAAUAUCACUUUUUCCUUUGUCUUGUUUAUUAACAGCUCCUGCAGCUUACGAAGAGACCGUGCUAGUUUGCAAGAGUUGUUAUGGAUGCCUUAUGAACAAAGCAGACAAAAUGAAAACGGACAUUUGGUGA